CGCCACCACUAAUGGCCUCCUCCGCUGACAACCGCCGCUUCAAGAUUUUCGCGGCCGCUGACGGCUUCGUCGAGCAGCACAAGGACGCCAUCGUUGCGCACCUCCGCGCCCACUCCUCCGUCGCCGAAGUCGUCGACCUCGGCGUCGAUAAGUACUACUCCGCCGCUGCAGCCGUCGCCCGCAACGUCAUCUCCUCAUCGUCCGACCCCGCCCUCGAGGUCCGCGGCGUCGUCCUCUGCGGCACCGGCGCUGGUGUCACCAUAUUCGCCAACAAGUACCCCGGCGUGUACGCCACUCACUGCAGCUCGGUCGCCGACGCCGUCAACACCCGCUCCAUCAACGCGUGCAACGUCCUGGCCCUCUCCGGGAUGGCCACCCCGCCCGAGACGGCCGCGCUCAUCGCCGACGCCUGGCUCGCCACCCCGUUUCGUGCUCCCUGCCCCGCGUCCGGGGACGCUCCCUGGCCGGAGGAGGUGCAGCAAUUCUUCGACGUUGCACCUCAAGAGAUGGCCGCCAUCCCCGAGGGACCAGCCCCUGCCCCUGACCCCAACUGCGCAAUCUGCUGCCUCAGGAAGGGGGUGGAGUUUGAACCGGUAGAUAUGAUGCCCGGCGGCGAGAUGCGAGUUGUGCGGCAGAGCCCCACUUCGGCCUACGUCCGCUUCAAAGCUGGAAGUGUGGAGCCGGCUCACCGCCACACUUUCGGCCACGACUUGGUUGUGAUCAAGGGCAAGAAGAAGGUGUGGAACUUAACCAAGAACGAGAAGUAUGACCUGGUUGACGGGGACUUCCUGUUCACGCCUGCCGGAGACGUGCACCGUGUGAAGUACUUGGAAGACACAGAGUUCUUCAUCCGGUGGGACGGGCACUGGGACAUAUUCCUCCAGGAAGACCUGGAAACUGCGUGCAAUGCCAUUGAUGCCGACCUCGGUGUGGCUGACAGUGACAAGUGA